AUGGUAAGUGAAACAAUCUCGGAGAAAAAUGGCACCAUAAUUAGCUCCCAGGAUAGACGACUGGAACGCUGGAAAGAGCACUAUGAGAACCAGUUUAAUUGGCCUACAGCCACACUUAACCUGCCGAACAUCCAACACCUCCCUGAAUGGGAUAUAGACACAGGUCCUCCUUCCUUAACUGAGGUUACUAAAGCUGUCACUAAUCUGAAGCAAGGCAAAGCAGCGGGACCUGAUGGACUGACUCCAGAGGUAUUUAAGUACGGUAAAGACAGUUUACUGUCUGCGUUAACUGAGGUUCUAGGCAGCGUCUGGGAAUCAGAGGAAGUCCCAUCGGGUUGGUGUAAGUCACUGAUCAUCCCGAUAUACAAGAAGGGAGACAAGUCUUCCUGUGAUAAUCACAGAAGGAUUAGCUUGACUAAUAUAG